AUGAUCAAUAUUCACACCCAUUCCAUAACCUCAGUUUGUACAGAAUAUGCUACCAGCCACGGAACACAGUGCCACAGCCACAUGGCAACUCAGCCAUGGGAUGAAAAAACGUGGUGCUCAGGCCACAGAAAAUGCAGUACAUGGCACCUCAGCCAUGAAAUGUACACUGCACCCCAAUACGUAGUGAACAUGGAGCCUCAACCAGAGGAUAUACAUGGCAUCCCAACUCCAGGACACACAGAAUGUGGCACCCCAGCCACACAUUCUACCAAUAAUCCCCCUACCCUGACAGAACAUCAAUGUAUCCAUGUAGACAAUAGCUUCGGACUUGAGUGA